UCUGUGUAUCUGUGCUCCUCAAAUGAUCAGAUCAGAGCUCUUGACCUCAAUCAGAUGCCGCACUCUGAAUUGCAGCAGCUCAUGGCCCUUUAUUACCUGUUUUUUGUUGAGCUACAUAUUGCAUAAUGUUUGUGGAAACGUUUCUGGAUCGACCGGUGGUCCCAGUACACACGGGCUCCCUCUACUGUCGGCGGCACGAGAAAAUUCCAGCUGGUCGCGCUUCCGUGAGGGUUUGCGAAUUCUCCGGUCCGCGUGGAAAACCGCUUAAAAUAACAAAAAGCGAAUCGGGAAUUUGGUGGCCGCCCGUGACGGCAAAGCUGUCUUUCAGCCCACGAAAUCCUGGUCGAAGACCGACCACGGGAGAGAGCUUUGGUUGGUCAUUAUUUGUCUGAUUCGUUUCACCAGGAGAUUCUCCGGAUCGACCAGGCCUUCAUUCCAUCCUCGGGCUCGCGUAUCUCCAUCAUCAAUCGCCUGUCAUGGGGGACACCGGUAGCGAACGCAGCAACGCGUCUCAACUCCCACCUCGUUGCCCUUGUGGAUUCUGGGGAUCGAGUGAAACCAUGAAUCUGUGCUCCAAGUGCUUUGGAGAUGUUCAGAAGAAGCAGCCAGAAGACGACUGCAACGCUAAGUCCCACCCAAACACCAACAGAGACCAAUCCCCAGCAUUUGACCAUGAGACAAGCAGUAGUAAUAGCCAAUCAUCAUCCUCAGAUCCAGUAGUCCCAGACAUGCCAUCCAGUGAGGCUGUGCCUGCCCCAAAUCCCAGCCCUCCAGAGGAAUCCUCCAGCACAGACUCUACCCACAGCAUUCUACACACGCCCACCAAACGCACCUGUGACUCAGACUGUGGCUCUGAGAGCGAUGUCUCCCCAGAAAAGAAAGCUUGUCUUGGGGAGGGCUUAAGUGAAGGAGAGGGCUCCAGAGUAGGAUCCAAGCAGAAGAGGCGUAGACGUUGCCAUCGCUGCCACAUCAAACUGGAACUGGUGCAGCAAGAGCUGGGGUCCUGCCGCUGUGGUUAUGUCUUCUGCAUGCUGCACCGGUUGCCGGAGCAACACGACUGCAUGUUCGACCACCUGGGCCGCGGCCGUGAGGAAGCGGUGCUGAAGAUGGUGAAGCUGGACCGCAAGGUGGGCCGAUCGUGCCAGCGAAUCGGAGAGGAAUGCUCCUGAGUCCACGCCCAUAGUGGGAGGAGAUUGAACAUUAAGGGGGAGGGCAGAGGAACAGGGGGGUGGUGUGGGUUUGAGGCGGUAUUGUUUGAGACUCUCUGAGCAGCCCCUACGCUGCAAGUCCACUGCAGGGCUGGGACCCAUGGACUGGACCUAUCUCUUGCAGAGGUGCAGAACUGUCCACUUCACUGUAGUAGGCUACACCUGCGCUUCCAGCCAGCAGGGUUGUGUGGGGGGCAUACUCACCGGAGCUGCUCCAUGCCUUAAUGCACAGGGGUGAGGGACGAGCCCCUGUCCUCUUCCAAUCUCUUGUCUGUCUGUCUCUCUCUCUUUCUCUCUCUCUCUCCCCCACACACUUCUUCGAUGGCUCCGCCCAAUCAUCUUACCUCUGGAAUGACUCCCACUGACCCUGAAGGCUUUUAGAACAUGCUCAGGGGUCAGGACAUGAUGACCCCUAACCUUUUGGUCCAGGAGAUCGUACUGCCCUGUGACUACCAGGCUUUGUGUGUGUGUGUGUGUGUGUGUGUGUGUGUGUGUGUGUGUGUGUGUGUCGCACUAAGAGGAUGAUGCUAUAUAAUUUUUAGGGUCAAACUCUUAUUCAGUGACUGUGAGUUGAGACGUCCUUUAAGAGUCAUGUUGCCGGGAGCAACAAGGGCCACCCUGGCUCCUCCUGGCGCAAUGGACUGAUCGCUCUGCAGUGCUGUGUCUCGUUCCUCUUCUUCUCUCUCUUUCUCACAGCCGAUCCCACUCUCACUCACAUCCUUCCUACAUCGAGGAGAGGGCUGAAGAGUACAAGGAUAUUUUCUUUAUCUGAUUUGACAUUGAACAUUUUUAUUUUAUCACAGUCACAAUGAUGAGGCCCCAGUUGAUGUGUGUUCCAAGUCAAAAACUGCUAACUUUAUUUAAACCUGUAAUGUUACCUUUACUCCUACCAUGAUCCCCAUCUGUGCGGGACUGUGUAUGUAGUUAGAAGUUUGAAAAAAGAGCUUAAUCCUGUUUGAUUUGAUCGUGAUUGAGUUUGGGGGGUGGGGUGGAGGGUAAAUAAAGCUGAUUGGCUCAG